ACCUUUUUUCGUCCUUUUCUGCUUUUCUGUUUCUGCUUUAUUUCUUCUUGGUAGUGGGAAUUCAAAGUUUUUAUCUCUCUUAUUACAAAUUUGCAAAUUUCUUUUCUUUUAUGAGUUCUGCUAAAGUUUGAAAUAUUUGAGCAAACGGAUUUUAGAUUCCUCUAUUUUCCUUGGUUAUUUUCUUGGCAACCAAUCAUAGAUUUAAGGCUUUUCAUCAUGGUGAUAUAGAGCUGGUUUGUUAUCAAUCAAGAUAACCCUCAGCAGAUUGCAAUUGACCAGGAUUAAAAGAUACCAUUUCUAUUUUGAGGUGUAAAAUGACAUGUGCUUUCAUGGGUGGGAAUCUUUGGUGUUCAUAUGACCUUUUCCUUAACCAACUGUUUUAGCCAAAUUCAGAGUUUCGGGUUUAGAUCUGUUCUUCCCGGAAAAAAAAGCUCGUCUAUUACUUCAACUGGUGAUGCCAUCCUCAUCCUAAGAUUGUGCAGAUGGGGGCUUGUGUCUCGACUAGCAGUCGAAGUACUUGUAGUAGCAGGAGCAAUGGAGAGACAGUUCCCGCUCCUUGCUUGGGGAUUGGAAUUUGUGGCCAAAAGAAAACUAAAACAACCUUCUUUGAUCAUGCAGUUACACUGCAACAUUUACCCUCCAUACCUAACAGGAUGUUUACUAAUGGAAAGAGUCGAACUUCUUGUAUAUUUACGCAGCAGGGUCGCAAGGGCAUAAACCAGGAUGCAAUGGUCGUGUGGGAAGAUUUCUUAUCGGAAGACAUGAUUUUCUGUGGUGUCUUCGAUGGUCAUGGUCCACAUGGCCAUCUUGUUGCCCGCAAGGUAAGGGAUGCGCUGCCAAUAAAAUUACUAUCGUUCCUGCACUCGAUUCAGUCGGGGCAGAAUGAAUCAAAUCAAACCUGUUUUAAGGGGAAUUCAAAGAAAUCGGAUGCUGGAGAGUGCGAGAAGGAUGGCUCAGCUGAAGAUAAAUUGAAUUCUACAUGGAGAGAAGCAUUCUUAAAGUCGUACAAGGCCAUGGACAAGGAGCUGAGAUCUCAUCCUAAUUUGGACUGCUUCUGUAGUGGUAGCACUGCUGUUACUGUAGUAAAACAGGGGUCCAAUCUUUUCAUGGGAUAUAUUGGAGAUUCUCGUGCCAUCAUGGGAUCUAAGGACAGCAAUGAUUCCAUUGUUGCAAUCCAGUUAACUGUCGAUCUGAAACCCGAUUUGCCAAGGGAAGCAGAAAGGAUUAAACGAUGUAAAGGUAGAGUUUUUGCUUUGCAAGAUGAACCUGAGGUCCCAAGAGUUUGGUUGCCAUUUGAUGAUGCCCCUGGCUUGGCGAUGGCAAGGGCGUUUGGAGACUUCUGUUUGAAGGAAUAUGGGGUGAUUUCAGUACCUGAAUUCUCGCACCGCCUACUUACCGAGAGAGAUCAAUUUAUUGUUCUUGCCUCAGAUGGGGUUUGGGAUGUAUUGAGCAAUGAAGAAGUGGUUGAGAUUGUAUCAUCGGCUCCAACGCGGGCAUCAGCUGCAAGAAUCGUGGUGGACUCAGCUGCUCGUGAAUGGAAGCUAAAGUAUCCAACAUCGAAGAUGGAUGACUGUGCAGUGGUGUGUUUAUUUUUGGAUGGGAAAAUGGACUCAGAAUCCGAUUAUGACGAACAAGGCUUUUCUUCUGCAACCAUCCAGAGCAAUCAUUCUGGCAAUGCAGUUGAAUCAGAUGACGGCCAGAAGUCGGAGCCAUGUUUGCAAAGGAAUUAUACUGUCAGAUCAUCAGAAGAAAACGAUAGUUACGGAAAACUAGUUGCUGAAGUUAAUGGAAACGGUGACACAGUAACCAGUGAAGAUCAGAGUUGGUUGGGUUUGGAAGGCGUCACGCGAGUGAAUUCGCUCGUCCAACUUCCUAGAUUUUCUGAGGAAAGACCAAACCCAUAAUUUUGCUGUAUUUAUAAAACUGAAAUGGGGCUGACCUAAGUUGUAGUGUUUUGGCUUUUGAUGAUCUCUAAAUUUAAGGAAUUUCUUGGGCUAGGGGCAUUAUUUUGGAAGUUUAAGCUGGUAAACUGUGGCUAGAGCCUUUUGUUACUGUACCUCACAGAAAUGUAGCAAAACAGCUUUCAUUAAGGAAUUGAACUGAAUCAAUAUAGUUUCUGUAA